AAAUUCAUAAAUCAUAUGACAUAUUUUAAUUGUCUCCUCAUCACCUCUCUUGAAAAUUGAGCAGCAAAUAUAUUCACUCCCAUAGAAUUUUCUUUAUCUCGAGAAUCAAGCUCUUUUAUUACUGGUUAGUUAUGUUUUCCAGAAUGUAGCAUAAUGUUUCUUUGGAGGAAAAAAAGGAUGCUAUGUUGUAGUCUACAUGGUGUCUUACAUUGAUCCUAUUCGACGUCCCAUUGUUUCUUUUACUAAAUAUUUAUAAACUUGAAAAGAUUUCUCUGUUCAUGUGCCUAUUAUUAGCCAUGAAUAUUGUUGGAUUUAUCUUAAUAUGCCUGGUACAUCAUACUUCUGACAGAGCUUUUUUGACGCAGGUAUGAACUCCGUUUUUCUGAACUUUAUACUCAUAUCCAGGCCAAGCAUCGUCAAACUCACAAAUACUAUGCUACUUACAACAUAUUGUUGGAGAUAAAAGAAUUGAUGCUAAAGGAAACAUCGUUACUGAAUUCCAUAAGCUCACAGUUUAAAGGUGCUCUUACUAGCCCUGCUGGUCGAAAGAAAUUGAUUGAUUCCAUGGAAGGAAUUCUGCACGGGACUCAACAGAAGCUGGAAAAGGUGCAAAUUGCUCUAGAGUCGGAGCAGAAAGCUCGUGAAGCUCUCAAGGCGACACAUGCAGCUGCUGUUUCAGAGCAAAGACAUUACAAUUCUAUCUUAAAAGCUUUCCAGGUGGAAUGUGCAAGGAAUGAGAGACUUCGCGUGCAGAAUUCACAAGUACAUUUACCAAGUUGAUAUUUAUGACUGGUCGAAGAAGUGUUCCAUUCUACAAGCAACGGAUGGCUACUGGGUUUGAUUUCCUUCUAUUGUUUGUACUAUUUAUCUAGCUAUACUAUAUAUUAGAAAUUUAUUUAUUCCUGCUAGAAAAGUUUCUUAAUUACAAUUAUAUAAACUUACCAAUUAUAUACAAUUUAAUAAUUGUAAAGUA